AUAAUUAAUUAACUUUAUUUUCUUUCUUUCUUUUCUCUUUCUCCUUUGGAAACGAAAGAGAGAAAGAAACGAAAGUCUUUUGUCCUCAUGAAGAUGAUUUUGGUUUAGCCAAAUUUUCUCAAUAGCCUAAAGGGAAAAAAUUCUUUGUUUUUUUUCAUCAAUUUCCCAAAAAACAUCUUUAAUUAAAAUUUCUUUUACCAAAACAUAAAUUUUGGUUAAUAGAAAUUUGAAAAACUUUUUUAAAAAAUCUUUUUUUGUUGUUCUUCUUCCUAAAUUUCUCUUCAAAAGUCUUUUCGCGAAAAAGUAACUUGUUAUUAUUCGUUGAAAAUGGCGAGUGGGGUAUUUUGUGGUGUCGUUCCUUUCAUUUUUCGCAAAAAGUCUUCCCCGUUAAAGGAAGAAGAUAUGCGUAAAAGUAGGAGAUUACAUACUAGAGUAAUAGCGAAAAUACCUUCAAUGUUGAUACCAAGAAGAUCAAAAUCAUCGAAAGGUUCCAAAUCGCGCUACUCAUGUGGAACGAAAACACCAAGUCCAAGAUUGCAGAGUCCAAAUAGGGUGAAAACAGCACCAAAAAGUCCCAGAAUGGCAAUAGCAACAAGUCCAACUUUUCACAAUUCAUGUGGGGUGGCUAGUAACUUUAGAAUAAUGACAGGUAUAAAAAACAAGAUCAUCACAUUGAGAAUAUUGUUUGAUCUUACUCCUUGUGAUGGCUCUGAAUCUGCAAAUGAGCUGCUGAUAUCAACUCUAAGGGAUCUACAUAAACUGUUUCCUUCUAUCAAUCCGAAUUUUUCGUUGUUGAAAAUAGAUGGAACAUCAAUACAUGAGAAAGUGCGAUGCUUUUGUGAUAUAUUGAGAUCCAUCGGGGAACUGUGGACAGGCAACGAUGAAUGGAUGAUUAUGUGCAAAGAGAACUCGAACAGUAAACUAAAUGAUUUUGAGUAUGUGUUGGCAUUGCUCGAUGACAUUAUCAAGUUAGCUAGCGAACGGAUGGUAGAGAUGACAGAUGAGGACGAGACUGAGGAUGAGGAUGAUCGGACGAGAGAAACAAGUCCUUCAUCUGACGCGUUUGAGAAGAAUUUUUCGGAGAUGUUCUCGAGCAACAAUUCAUCCCUUUCGAGCUCUCCAACUUCAGUCCUCCCCGAGAUAAUAACCAAUGCCUCGAAGAAGAAUGCAAAAGCGGCGUCUAUCACUUCCCCUCUUCUCUUAUCGCUCAAGGUUCAAGCCGUUGGAAACCAGAACCCAAUCGAGGUAAAGCACCUCUCGUUCCACAUGUUACCCAAUGGAAAUCAAGAUUCAAAUAAUGCGGUUCAGCUAGGAAGCAAUGCCGAUGAAAUAAUGGACUUACCGGAGAUUCUACUGAAUAGUCUGGAGAAAGCAUCGGAGAAUGGUGGAAUAUUUUGGACCGGUGAUGCAUCAAAUGGCGAAGCAGUUCCAGCGCGUGUUACAUUUGACGUGCUUUUGCCUCCAUCUUCAAUUUCUAGGUUGCAAUCAAAUGUAACGGAACUGUCAUCAGUGCCGCCUUCACCAAACAUUUUAUCACCAAAGAUCGUAGGAUCACAAGUACCAACGCCACCUCAGCCGGAACCUCAACCAGAGUCGUCGUGUGAGAAUGAGGAACCAGCACCAUCGUCACCACCAGCACGCAUUACAUCAGGAAACACACCUCCACCUCCACCUCCACCUCCGCCACCUCCAAUUACAACAAAAGUUAGAGUAGUGCCUUGCCCUCCGCCACCACCUCCCAAGAAAUCGGAGAAAGUACAUUCAGCUCCACCUUUACCUCCACCUCCACCUCCACGUUCACCUAACGAAGGAUUAAAAGGUAUGGUAACCCCACACCCCCUUCCACCAAAGGCGUCAAAUGGAGCAGCACCAGCACCAGCACCAGCACCCCCUUCACCGAAGCCAAUAGGAAAGGUAGCUGAACCUCCACCGCCACCAACGCCAAGGGGAAAGAGACCUGCACCUCCAAAAUCACCAAGACUGGCAGUACCAGCCCCGCCUCCACCAAUGCAAACAAAAAUGGGAGGUGCACCUCCACCACCACCACCAACUUUUGCAGGUGCCAAAAAUCCACAAUCGACGAAAACAGCCACUAAACUGAAAAGAUCAUCCCAAAUGGGAGAUCUUUAUCGAUCACUUAAGGGAAAAGUCGAAGGAUCUAGUUUGCAAGGUAAACAAAAGGGAGGGAAGGGAAAAUUUAAUGCAUUGAAAGGAGAUAAACCAGGAAUGGCUGAUGCAUUAGCCGAGAUGACAAAGAGAUCAGCAUAUUUCCAACAAAUCGAAGAGGAUGUUAAAAAUCAUGCAAAACUAAUCAAGGAGAUGAAAAAGGCCAUUGCUUCUUUCCAAACAUCAGAUAUGUCUGAGCUCAUUACAUUCCACAAUUAUGUAGAAUCCCAACUCGAGAAACUAACAGACGAAACUCAGGUCCUAGCAAGAUUUGAAGAUUUUCCUUGUAAGAAGUUGGAAGCGUUGAGGACGGCAGCAACUCUCUAUUCCAAAUUAGAUUCAAUAGUCUCUACUUUACAGAAUUGGCAACCAGCCUCGCCUGUCGGCCAACAUCUUGCCAGGGCUGAGAGGUACUUCAACAAGAUAAAAGGAGAUGUGGACACUCUGGACCGGACUAAAGACGAAGAAUCCAAGAAACUAAAAACACAUCAAAUCCAGUUUGACUUUGGCGCCCUUGUGCGUAUCAAAGAAUUGAUGGUGGAUGUUUCCUCAAACUGUAUGGAACUUGCACUGAAGGAAAAGAGAGAAGAAACGGAAAGGGAAAAAGAAGGAACCGGACAAACAAAGGAAGGGAGCAAAAAAGAAUCAGCCACACAGCUUUGGAAGUCCUUCCAAUUCGCGUUCAGAGUCUAUACUUUCGCUGGUGGACAAGACGAGAGAGCAGAAAAGUUGACAAAAGAAUUGGCUGAAGUAAUCGAGACAGACCUUCAUCUUCAGACGUAAUAGUAGGCUCCCCAUUUUUUUCCAUAGGCUGCAAUCGAUCAUGCAAUCAGCAUGUUGAUACUAUUCCUGGCUAGCGCCUUGUACGUGCAUGCUGCAUAAACUGCGAUGUUCAUGCUUAUACCAGGAGAGAAUUGCUAGAUGAAAAUGUUGUUAUUUGUAAAGACUGAGAGGAGAAAUUGAGCUAAAACUCUAGCUUUUACCUGUCACUGUUGAUACAUAAAAAAAAAGGACAGCCCGGUGCACUAAAGCUACCUCUAUGCACAGUGUCCGGGGAAGGACCCCAUCACAAUCACUGUUGAUACAUAAAAAAAGGGCAGUCUGGUGCACUAAAGCUACCUAUGCACAGUGUCCGGGGAAGGACCCCACCACAAUCACUGUUGAUACAUAACAAAUAUAUAUAACACCUUUGUGACUGGUUUUGUAGCAUGGGUA